AUGAAGUGGUUAAUUGUUAUUUUAUUACUAAAUAUAUUUGCAUCAGUAUUAACAAGCGAUUGUCUUGCUAAAGACUUCGGUGAAGGAAGCGUGGUUUGUGUAUGCAAUGACCAGCAUUGCGAUAAAAUACCAAAAGUCGAAAAGACAGAUCCAUCUUCAUACAUAAUUUACACCUCCGAUAAAGCCGGUCAAAGAUUCAACUCAACGAAAAACGAUUUUCGUCCAAUUAAUCCACACUAUGUUAAAAACGACGAGUGCAAAGAUUCUUCCAAAGAUGGACAGAACAAUAACAAAUCCAUCACUAUCACUAUAGAUCAAAGCGUAAAAUACCAAAGCAUCCUAGGCUGGGGUGGAGCAUUCAGCGACUCCACCGGCAUCAACAUCAAAAGUUUGAAUGAAAAUCUCCAAAACGAAUUACUGCGGUCCUACUUUUCCGAUGAGGGUUUGGAGUACAAUUUAGGAAGAGUCCCAAUUGGAGGAACAGAUUUUUCAACCAGAGGUUACACGUACCUCGACACCUUGGAUGAUAACGACUACAAUGAGGAUCCUCUUUUAACAGGAUUCAAACUGGCUGAAGAGGACUUUUUAUACAAGAUUCCAUUAAUAAAAGAGGCGCAAAAAUUGAGCGAUAAUCUCCUGCUAUUGGGCUCCUGCUGGACUUCCCCGAAGUGGAUGAAGGAAAACCGAGACUACAACGGCGUAUUCGGUUACUUGCGGAAAGAAAUGUACAGGCCUUGGGCCAAUUAUUACGUGAAAUUUUUAGACGCCUAUCGGAAUCAGAACGUUUCUUUCUGGGGCAUCACGACGGGAAACGAGAUAUAUUUCGCCCUGACGCUCCGAGAUAUACCCGGGAUUCUUUGGACGCCCGAGGAAAUGAAACAUUGGCUUCGUUGGCAUUUCGGCCCGACGAUCAGGAAUUCCUCCUAUUCAGACAUAAAAAUAUUGGCGAACGACGACAACAGGCCCCUUCUCACCCACUCCCUUUCGACGCUUUUCUCGGAUAAAAUCAAUCUGGAGUACAUCGACGGAGCCGCUAUCCACUGGUAUUUCGACACCAAAUACAACGCUUUCAACUUGGAAGAGACCCAUCGCGAAUACCCCGAUAAAUUUAUGCUCUACACCGAAGCAUGCAAUUUCGCCCAAAAUAACCGAGCGUCGCUGGGAAAUUGGCAAAACGCGGAAAAAUAUGCAAAUAACAUCAUAGAGAACCUGAACAAUUGGGUGGUGGGCUGGAUGGAAUGGAACAUGGCGUUAGACCUGAACGGGGGACCGACUUAUAUCAAUAACUCGGUGGAAUCUUCCAUUACUGUUAACGCCAGCGGUCAGGAAUUUUUCAAGCAGCCCUCCUACUACGCCAUAGGGCACUUUUCGAAGUUCCUGCCCAGGGACUCGGUGAGGAUUUACUCGAGCCGGUGCGAUCCAGAUUUGGAAAUCGUGGCGCUCAAGAGACCCGACGGAGGGGUCGCUGUAAUUAUUCUAAACCAGAGCAACGAUAUUCAACGAAGGACCAUUGUGGAUUCAGCGAAAGGGGAAAUUUCUUUGAACGUUUCCCCGCAUUCCAUCUCAACCAUCCUUUAUUGGUAG